AUGAGCCUCUACCAACUACAUGAAUCUUAUUCUAUGGUAGCCCUACUUGUUUUCAUGUCCGUCCUCCGCUUCGCCGUCGAGGCCGGUGGCGACUACGCCAAGGAGGCGCUCUCCGUCGCCACUAACCUCGUCUCUAAAUCCGACGACAUCACGCCCGAGCUCCGCUCCACGCUCAAGGAUUGCAAGGAAAGCUACGACGUGGCAGUCGAGAACUUCCAGAAGACGCUCGAUGCAUUCACCACAAAGGAUGUCGGGACAAUGAGGAGCGUGCUCAGCGCCGUCAUCACCUUUGUCGGGGACUGCGAGGACGAGUUUGCCGAGAUGCAGGCGCCGUCUCCCCUGUCAGGGUAUGCGGAGAAGCUCACAGACAUGACUAGCAACUGCCUCGCCAUUGUUUCACAGAUGAUGAACUAA